AAGUUUUAGUUUCGUGAGAACCGACCAAAUUCUAUGCUCAGAUAAAUUUUAGUAGUACAAAAUCGUAUAAAAAAAAGUGUACAAAAUUCUAAAAUCAAUAAAAUAAAAUAAAUUUGGUUAUCUAUUUAUUUUUUGCAGCUUUUGCAACAUUUUGAAUUUUUUUGCAUUAAAAUGCUGGUGACCACCUAUCAACAUGACUACGUUCCGCCCAAUGCCAAGCGGUACGAGUUCCUCACCCGCGCCAAGGGAUUGGAGGGACAAGAGGGCGCUAAGGUAAUCGAAUGUCAGUGCAUCGAUGAGGAGAAGAUCAAGGCGCCAUCCGAUGCCUCAAAAGACUGCUCGGGGGUGGAGUGGACGGGCAUUGCGCCAAUGGGUAAACUGGUGGAUCCACGGCUCAUACCCACGACCCUGGCCCAGGAUCAAGUGGACAAGAUGGCCUUCUCUGAGGAAACGGACUGCUUUAAGCUGCAGCCAAACCGCUUCCUCAAGAUCCUGCGCACUGUCUACCCCGAUCUGUACGAGCGACUGAAGGUGAUGCCUAAGGAGGAGCUCAGCCGCCGGCUGGAGAAGAACCGCAUGUUCACCACGUACCAGAUCGACUUCUGUGCGAUGAACGAGUACCCCGAGGGCAUAUACGAGAGUCUCAAGACCGAGGACGAGGCCUCCAAGUUGAAUGCCAACAAGUUCCUGACCAACAAGGCGCCCUGUUCAGAGUUCCGCUCGAAUGUGAUGAACGAACUGGACAGGGAAACCUCCACGGGCUACGAGAUGUCACAGGAUGAGUGCGAGAAGACAUACAAGCCCUUUAAGACCACAUUCGCGGACUCCUCGCGCUUCGUCGCCUCGGGCAACAACUCACACUGGAACGCGGCACCGGCUACCUACAGGAAGGUGCCCGACUUCACCGAAUACAUGGACUCGAUAAGCCGCAACGGCUGUGUGAUCAUGCGGAACAAGUUGCACGACCACUCCAAGUGCCUGGCCAACUACUGCAAGCACGAGCUCAAGUUCACCUGCAACGACAUGAAGCCGUGAAUUGCAAGGAUUACCCGUGCAAUCAGCACCACUCGAAUGUCCUGUUCUCGUGUUCUCUGGAGUUUGCAUUUUUGGUUCAAGUAAAUGAGUAAAUCGAA